AUGAAGACUAAAAAUCCAGUAAACGUUAAACGAAGUGCGGAUCCAGUUUUCCAUGGACAUCCGAAAACAAGAGAAGAAAUUUGGCAUGAAAAUUUUUUGCAAAAACGUACAACUUUCGACCAAACAUCGUCACUAAUUAAUUUAAUUUAUAAUAUAACAUUGACAUAUUUCAAUGAUUGUACACCAGUGAUUCUAUAUGAUGAUCAAAUAAAGGCCAGCGGGAACUAUUUAUUUCAAAACCUUUUCAAAAAUUUUCCUGUCUCAUUUAUGCAUGGUUACAUAAAUGAAAAAGAUUACUUGAAAGAGCCAAAGUUGCUGCAACCCAGAAGAAACUGCCAUCAUUUUAUAGUUUUCCUGACUGAUGUUAUGAGAAGUGCUAAUGUUUUCGGUAAGCAAUCGGAAAGCAAAGUUAUUGUGGUCGCGAGGUCUUCACAAUGGGCUGUUCAAGAGUUCCUUGCAGGACCUAUGUCAAAAUUUUUAGUAAAUCUACUUAUAAUUGGGCAAAGUUUUAAAGAUAACGAAAAUACGGAAGCUGCGUACAUAUUAUACACUCAUAUUCUAUAUACAGACGGAUUGGGUGCUAGCAAACCAUUAAUAUUGUGUUCUUGGAGUCACGGUAAAUUUUCACGAAAAGUUAAUUUAUUCCCAUCGAAAAUGACGAAUGGCUACGCUGGUCACAGAUUUUUAGUUGCUGCUGCAAAUCAACCUCCCUUUGUAUUUAGGAGAAUUGAAACUGAUUCAGAUGGUGGAAAUCCAAGAGUCGUUUGGAAUGGUAUUGAAAUAAAAAUUCUUAUCAUGCUAGCAGAAAGGAACAAUUUCUCUAUCGAAGUAGUUGAACCUCGGGACCUUCAUUUAGGUUCUGGUGACGCCGUAGCUAAAGAGGUAACUUCAGGUCGAGUUGAUAUCGGCAUAGCCGGAAUGUACAUAACAAAAGAAAGAGCUCGUGAUAUGGAUGUUAGUUUCUCGCAUUCUCAAGAUUGUGCCGCAUUUAUAACCUUAACCUCUACUGCUCUUCCUCGGUACCGAGCAAUACUUGGUCCAUUUCAUUGGCAUGUCUGGGUCGCUCUUACGUUUACUUACUUAAUUGGUAUAAUCCCUUUGGCUUUCUCAGACAAACAUACGUUACGUCAUUUGAUUCAUAAUAAAGGAGAAAUUGAAAACAUGUUUUGGUAUGUCUUUGGGACGUUCACUAAUUGUUUUACCUUUGUCGGUGAAAAUUCUUGGAGUAAAACAACAAAAAUAACUACAAGAUUAUUAAUAGGAUGGUAUUGGUUAUUUACAAUCAUUAUAACGAGCUGUUACACAGGUUCAAUUAUAGCAUUUGUAACUUUACCAAUAUUUCCGGAGACAGUAGAUACGAUAUCACAACUUCUGGCGGGAUUUUAUCGUGUUGGAACUUUAGAUCAUGGUGGUUGGGAAAGGUGGUUCUAUAAUUCGUCGGAUCCCUUAACUAAUAAACUUUUGAAGAAAUUGGAAUUUGUACCUGAUGUGAAAACUGGUAUUCAGAACACUACUAAGGCAUUUUUCUGGCCGUACGCAUUCUUGGGAUCACAAUCGGAGUUGGAAUAUAUUGCAAAAGCGAAUUUUACAAAAGCGGAAUCGAAACGUUCUCUUCUUCAUAUAUCUAAUGAAUGUUUCGUACCAUUUGGUGUUAGCAUGGGUUUUCCAAACAAUUCUUUAUAUGGAGCAAAAUUAAGUAAAGAUAUCAGUAGGAUGGUACAAAGUGGUAUUAUAAACAAAUUGAUUGAUGAAGUUCGAUGGGAGAUACAGAGGACAAAAUCAGGAGGAUUAUUAUCAGUAAUACAUAGCCCAAUAAAGAUAAACUCAAUUGAAGAAAAAGGCUUAACAUUGGAAGAUACGCAAGGUAUGUUUCUCUUACUAGGCGCUGGUCUUCUUAUAGCGGCCACUGCUCUUUUAUCUGAAUGGAUGGGAGGAUUUACAAAAAGAUGCCGUAAUAUAGGCAAAAAAAUUACGUCAACGAAGAACUCCAAGAACCUUCCUAAAACGCCUAGAACUUCUGCGAAGAGGGUAGUACUGAAAAACGAUGGUGCCGAAAGUAAAUUAGGUUUAAAUGAAAGACCUUUAAGUUAUGAUUCCGAUAAUACUUGUGAUGGUCAAAUUAUAACUAUAACCCAGGAAAGUAUAAUAAUACACAACGAUUGUAAAGAAGGUUGGGAUUCUAACCGAUCCAGUUUGAUUGAUUUAGAUUAUGAAAUACAAGAAGUUUUUGAAAAGGAUAAACUUACAGGAACAAGGUCAGAUGAAAUAAAUAGAAACAAUACCGCAUCAAAAGGAGCAUUUGGAGAUAUUGUUGAUACCAAAUCUUAA